AUGAAGCUUUCUUUCCUCUCGUUGCUGGUUGGGACGGCAGUGGCUGGACCUCUCGGCAGCUACCGAGUGUUCGAACGACUGUCCGGAGCACCUGAACCAUGGGCCCUCAAGGCUGAAUCGAAACCUGGGGUCCUUCCAUCAGAAGCUUUCGAUGUCAGUACCCCCGAUCAUCCAGAUUAUGGUCGGCAUCUUAGCCGCGUGGAACUCGGAGACAUGCUUGCGCCUUCACCGCAGUCUUAUGACAUGGUUGCGGAAUGGCUGGAGGAAAAGGGUGUGUCUGAGAAGGCGACAAUCGAGGAUGAUUGGGUCAUCAUCGAUGGAACCAUUGGAGAUGCUGCAGAGCUUCUCCAGGCCGAAUACCAAUUGUUUGAGAACAAAGCAACUGGAAAGCUCACUGCUCGCACCUUGGCCUACAGUCUUCCCAAUGCUCUGCACGCUCACAUCGACAUAGCUGCUCCCACCAUCAAAUUCUCCACGCCUUCUGCAAUGAGAUCGACAAUCGUUCAGAAUUACCCGGUUCCAGCUGCAGUCAAAUCUUCGUCCGGUGACGUUCACGACGGACUCGACGUUGUCGCCUGCAAUAGCAGCAUCACCCCCGAUUGCCUCAAAGCCCUGUACAAGUUCAAGCACUUCAGGGCAUCAGCCCGAAAUGGGAACCAGCUCGCUCUGGCCGGGUUUAUUGAACAAUAUGCCCAACACGAUGAUCUGGCCCAAUUUCUGGGGGUCUACUCACCAAACGCCAACGGCUCUGACUUCUCAACAAUGCUGAUCAACAACGGCACCAAUCUGCAAGUCAAAGACCGACGAAGCAUCGACGAAGCAAACCUCGAUAUUCAAUACGGUUUCUCGUUAGCCUAUCCUACGCCAACCGUCUACAUCUCAACAGGCGGACGACCCCCGGAGAAUAUAAAAAAUGAAGUCGACAACGAGCCGUGCCUUGAGUUCCUCACCUACCUCCUCAAACUCGACAAUAUCCCUCAAACAAUUUCUAUCUCCUACGGCGAUGCGGAGUGGACCGUUCCCAAGAACUACGCCAACACAGUCUGCGACCUCUUUGCGCAAAUCGCAGCCCGUGGGACCACAGUCCUCGCUGCCUCCGGCGACGACGGCAUCGAAAGCAAAUGCAACAUAGUCGACCCCAACAAACUCCUCUACAACCCUAUGUUCCCAGGAGGCUGCCCCUUCGUUACAGCCGUCGGAGCAACAUACCAAGUCGCCCCCGAGGUAGCAGUCAAUUUCUCCGGCGGCGGCUUCUCAAAUUACUUCGCGAGACCAGCGUACCAGGACGCAGCAGUCAAUACCUACCUGACCAAACACGCAGACCCCGCCUAUACCAAGUACUUCAAUGCAUCUGGCCGAGCGUACCCUGAUGUUUCUGCCCAGGGGGUGGCAUUCCACACCAUCCAGACUGGCAAUGACGUCCCCGUGUCCGGAACCAGCGCUUCAUGCCCAGUAUUCGCGGCUGUCGUUGCGUUAUUGAACAGUGAUCGGAUUUCGAAUGGCCUUCUGCCGUUUGGCCUCUUGAACCCGUGGUUGUAUAGCAAAGCAGCGGAUGCGCAGGCAUUCAACGAUAUUGUGAACGGGAAGGGACUGGGCUGUGAGGGUCAAAUUCCGGGUUCAGGGUUCGCUGCUACAGUUGGAUGGGAUCCAGUGACUGGCUUAGGAACUCCAGACUUCAAGAAAUUGCGGAAAAUGAGCACUGGGAUUGAUAGUUAGAUGAGAAAAUAUGCGAGGACAGAGAGGAACGUGUUUCAAGGCCAUUAUGAUCGGGACUUUUGAUACAUAUCAAAAUUGCGCCAAGUAAAUAAGAAGCCGAAUUCUCUAGUCAGAGCUGCUCCUCAUGAUAUUGCAGAACUGUAUUCCUUGUCAGCUUGCCAGAGCCGGAUUCAAACCCAACUCAUACUGAUACAUCAGACUAAAAACAUCCCUUCAGGCCGAGGUUUUCACCUUCUUAGGGACGAUGAUAAAGGAAAAUAAUGUGAAUAGUCUAAUAUAACUUUGGG